UAACAGAAUUACCGAACGGUGAACAUAAUUGUAUAUUUGUUUUUCUUGUUACCGGAAAAAUAAAAAAAAACCGUUAAUUAUGCUGCGUUUAAGUGCCCAAAUGUGCAAACAAUCCUUUGCACUGCUACGCCUGCCCCACAGCACCAACAAGAUGCCCCGGCUGCAACUCGUGACUAGAAAGAUGACACAACAGCAUCAAAAAGUAGACUGGACAACAAGCAUUCCAACUGGGGCUAAGGAUAAGGAGAAGAUCACAGCGCUGGGUUGGUUUCUGCUUCUCAUACCCGCCACAACAUUUGGUCUGGGUGUUUGGCAGGUGAAGCGUAAGAUCUGGAAGGAGCAGCUAAUUAAGGACUUAGCUGAGCAACUGCACAUGGCGCCAACGGAACUGCCCGAUGACUUAAGUCAUUUGUCGCACAUGGAAUACCGUUUGGUCAAGUUGCGAGGACGUUUUCUGCACGACAAGGAAAUGUUGAUGGGACCACGCUCCCUCAUCCGACCAGAUGGCGUCGAGACGCAAGGUGGUCUCUUCUCGCAGCGCGAUACCGGCAAUGGCUUUCUCGUCGUCACACCAUUCCAGCUGUCGGACAGGGAUGACAUUGUGCUCGUAAAUCGAGGCUGGAUAUCGCGCAAGCACAUGGACAAGGAGACACGCGCAAUGGGUCAAUCUCCAAAGGAAGUGGAGCUGACAGCAGUUGUACGGAAAGGCGAGAGUCGUCCCCAGUUUACGCCCGAUCACAAAGAGGGCAAAGUUUAUCUUUAUCGGGAUUUGCCCAAGAUGUGUGCGAGCAGUGGAGCAGCUGCCGUCUUCCUAGAUGCCGUCUACGAUCCCAAAGCAGUCGCCGACAAUAGUCCUGUAGGCGGACAGACGCGUGUCACACUGCGCAACGAUCACAUGUCGUAUUUGGUUACCUGGUUUAGCUUAUCGGCAGCCACCUCAUUUCUUUGGUAUCGACAGAUUGUUAAACGAAUACCAUUUUGAUAGAAAUACAUUGUUCAUAUUAUGAGUUAUAAAUGUUUAUUUUAUAAAAUUUACAUGCUUGAGUAAAUGCA